UAUUAGUGUAUGCACAUAUUAACAUCAUAUCUUUUCUUCCAGAACAGUCUAAAUUUAAAUUUAAAUUAUUUAAUUUAUUAAUUAUUAAUUGUAUCACGAGAUGGCUGCCUAAUCGCCUACCUCUUGUCAAAUUACCUUAUAUCCAAUUAUGAAAAUUAGUCAUAUUGUAGCCCAAAAAUAAUCCGGCAAAUCCUUCGGCUCUUAUUGGUGUAUGACUUUAUUUAAUCAUUAUGAGUGGGAAAUCAUUUCAGCUUACCAUUUCCCAUUAUAGAAAUUAUAAGCUGAAAUGAUAUUAUAGUUUAAUAAUGAUGAUAACAUUUUUUUAAAAAGUAAGAAGCUCGUUACCAACUGGCUGAACCCGUAAUAAGUAUGAUUAAAAAGCUCCGUCGGUGUCCACAGAGCGGGAGACGAAAAUAAAAUACAAGUGAAAAACUUGAAUGACGUGUGAAAAUCGCGAUAAAUUGUCUUUAAAGGCCGUAUGAGCGAUAUAUUGAAAGUAAUUUCUUCUAAUAAGAGAGAUUUAUAAAAUUUUAAUAAGUUUUCAUCGAAUAAAUCUUUUAAAUUCGAAUUUCGAAUUAUAAUUUUAACGUUUCGAAAAGAACGAUUAAAACAAAGUCGAUAAGUUGGGAUAAACAGUUAUCGAAUGAAGAAACAUGGCGGAAUUAAUUGAGAUAAUGGACGUAGUAUCUGACAAAUUACAUUCAGAUAACAGGUACACGAGAGUUCUAAAAUAUUUGGAAGAAAAAACGAAGUGUGACAGAUUUUAUAUAUUUUCCUUUAUAGCAAUAAUAGUCGCUUCAUACACGGCCGUAGGAUUCGGGAGGGAAUUUUUAUGCACGUUCACAUCCAUUGUUUAUCCCAUUUAUGCUUCAGUUUCGUCGGUGGAACAAAAUAAUCUGGAAGAAACUAGAAAAUUGUUGAUUUAUUGGGUGAUAUUUGCAUUAAUUCAUCUCUUUGAAACUAUUUUUGACGCCGUAGUAACUUUAAUCCCUUAUUAUUGGAUGCUUAAAAUGAUUUUUCUGUUAUUUUGUUUCGCUCCCAUUUCAAACAACCUUUCCGUCUUCCUCCAUCAGAGUUUCUUGUUGAAAUUAAUGAAAUGCGCCAUUUUGGAAGAGGAAGAAGAGCGUUUCAGACAGGAGGAAGACAUUCAAAGUGAAUCAGAAAAUGAAACGAAAGCCCAAUUUGAAUAAUUUCUGAAGAGAUUUCCGUAGAAAAACGAUCAAAAUUGUUUUAUAGAAAGAAAAAUGUAAAUGUUUUAAGUAAUAAAAAUUAAAAGAUAUUUUCUUCAAU